AGCACAAAACAUUAUAAUAACAUUAUUUUUUUGUUGUGUAAGUUGAAAUAACGUUUUGUGUUAGGUGUAAAUGUUACGGCAACGUUCAAAUAAAACACUCAACGUUUUAGGUAUGUUAUCAAUGUUGGUGUAACAUUCAAAUUAAACAUAUAACGAUAAUGUUGUGUACGACACAUUAUAACAACAUUCAAUACAUAACUGUAAAGCAAUGUUGUGAGCACUAACAUUAAUGUAACAUUUAGUAACAUUAUGCUCCUAACAUUAUUCUGAAGUUUACAAUGAAACAUAGUAACAGUGAAUGGAGAACCAUGAAAUAAUGUUGCAAGAAGUAACACUGAAAUAACAUUUUAACAUAUAUUUCCAAUGUCAUUUUGAAGCUUACAAGGAAACAUAACAUUCAAUGCAAAAUAGUAAAUAAAUGUUAAAUAGUAAUACUGAAAUAAUGUAUUGGUUUGAUCACAUAUCUGUUUUUCAAACUUCAAAUAAUUGUUGCAAAUACUUAUAUUCAAGAAAUUGUUUGACAAUAUUGUUUUUAACAUUAUUUUGAAGUUCACAAUGAAACACAACAUGCAGUAACAAGUUAUUUAUUGGUGUAACAUUUUGAAAAGAGUAACAUUUUUGCAAAUGUUGUAAGAAAAUGUAGUACACUAUUUUAGUUUCCGAUUUUAUUGAAAUGUAGCGUGAAGGUACAAAAAAAUGGCAAGCGAAAUGAAAAUAUAUGCUAUGAUACUUUUUUGCAUUUCUUGUCUUUUGCCCUAUAAGGAUGGAAGCAUUUUGAUUAAGCUUUUCUGUAGCAGCUGCUAACUCCAAACAAUGGAAAAUCUUGGAUACCUAUAUGUAGAGCCCUGCAUAUCCGCGGAUUACCUGUGGAUAUCUGCAGUAAACGGGCGGAUGCGGAUGAAAAUUAAACAAAUUUUGGCAGAUUGCAGAUUGGAUGGCAGAGGCUGCGAAUAUCAGCGGAUACGGAUUUAAAUUUUUGCCCAGCGGCAUUCAGUUCGUCGACUGACGUCUCAUCUACAAAUCGUUUCGUCGAGAUGAAACGUUUGAUCGAAAGGCUUCUCCUGUUCGUUUCAUCGAAAAACCUGAGAUGUUUUGUUGCACACAACCUUGCUAUUUUUGUAACAAACUUGUUGAGUCUCGCCUGGAUUACAGGGGAGAGGGGGGCAUGGUUUGGUUAAGCUCGCUAGCUUUUAGCAGCUUGGUGAAGAAAUGCGUUGUCGACAAAACAUUGCAGCGGCAUGUGCCCACAAAACGUACAGCGUCGAUGAACCGUUUGUCCAUGAAAAGUUGUCCACCGAUACAUAUUUCCACAAAAACGCGUUUCGAAGAAACAAUAGGGAUCCUAAGAAAGAUCUGAUUCUCACUGAAGAUCGCUUCAGUUAGUGUGUUUCCUCUCGUCAAAAAUGCUACCUUUAAAAAAAGUAAAGAUUGCAGGGCAUCAAUUGUCCCAAGAAAGCUAGCACAUUGGCAGGGAAAGAGCUGUAACUUUUUCUGGGCAAAGAAAACUUCAAACGUACAAGUCACAAGGAAGUAAAGAAACGUCCCCCUCUUCGCAAAGAGUAGUGUGGUCAUGAUUAAAAACAAAAAGUGCCUCGACAGCGAGUGCGACCCUGUGGCACCACGGUUUGUAAAGUUUCAGAGUCAACAGCGAACUUGCAUAGGCAGACGGUAAACUGCCUCUGUGUUUCUUUUUUGUAUGCUUAGAGCCCUAGCCAAAACGCCUGGUAGUUCAUGUUCGUCCAAUUACGACGCCAGUGCGUCGUAGCCGGACUAAUAUGAACCUCUAUUACUUUUUAAUUGUUUAACAGAACUGUAAUGUCAUAUUUAGUAUGCCCUUUUUUAACUUUUAUCCUUCAAAAGUAUGCGUCCGCAUAAAAUAGGUGUUACAAAGCAAAAAAAAAAAAAAAACAUAUAUAACCUUUUUGUGCGCUCCUUCUGGGCAGAGUGUCGCGGAUUCCUAGGAUGAUCACAUAACUGAGAUGAUUUUUCCUAAUCGCUUUUAAUAUAAAUCCGAUGAAACUGAUAAUGAUAAAAUGACACUUCCUUUGAAUGGCGAGCCAGAUUUCUUUGGUACAAAGAUAAGCAAACAGCUUAAAAAGUGUCAUUUCUAUUUUACAAUGAAUGCCUGGAUUGUGAGUCGGAUCUGGUUCCACAUUUUGCGGAUGCGGUUCGGAUACGGAUACAAUAAUGUAAAAAGUAUGCGGAUACAGUUUGGAUACAAAGUAUGCAGAUGCAGAUCGGAUACGGAUACAAUAAUGUAAAAAGUUUGCGGAUACGGUUCGAAUACAAAGUCUGCAGAUAAUUAAACUGUUAUCCACGCAGGGCUCUACCUAUAUGUAAGAUCUAAAUGAAAUGCAGCGUAAAGAUACAAAAAAAUGGCAAGGAAAAUUAAAAUAUGUGCUAUGCUACUUUUUUGAAAGAAAGACAGCCACAAAUAGUAUGUGCUUGUUUCACUUGUUUUAUGUUUCACAUUAAUAGAUUCACUUCCCUUUACCAGGAAGGCCUGAGGGAAGAGGAGGUGAUUAUAUAGACUACGGAGCUUGUGGAUAAGUGAAGUGAUGAUGUGUAUCACGAAAGCGCUUUCAUCCCUUCUUCAUAAACAGUCAGUCUCUCCGCUUGCCAGCUUGAUCCUGCUAACGUUUCCCUUGCCCUCUUGAAGUGACCUGCAUCACCCUACGAUUUACUCCAGAGGUGCCCGAAGGUGGUGGAUUAAUUACUGAAGUAUAGAAACAUGUGCCUCUUUAAAUAAAAGAUUUUUUUUCCUAUGAAAAUUUUUUUGUCAUGCUUUGUUUUUCUAAAUGAUCAAAAAUGAAUCUGGGCAUUUCUGGUGUUUAUUACGACUAAAUAAAGAGUGGGAUGGGAAGGGAAUGAAAUUGGCAAACAUAAUACUUGUUUCAUUUGGCCAGAAUGAAUGUCUGUCCCAAAAUAAUUAGUUUUUUUUCUUUUCCCUUAUUUGAAUUAGAUAGAAGUAUGAUAUAUUUACUGCACUAUGUAGGGAAUGUACACAUGUGUGCUGGUACUGUGGGGAGGCUGGCAUCCAUGCAACUAUGUGUUUGAGGUUCCUUCGCCGUUCACAUGUGAACUGAGACAGUACAAUCAGGGCAACUCCUGCCCCUCUCGAUGAGAUCCUGUCUUUCCGGAAGAUGCUAAACUUUUGGGUGUCAGCAAUUUGUCCUUCGAAUAUUGUAUCAUCCAACCAGGUUUCUGAGACCCCAAAGAUUGUGUUCGGCGAAGUUUCAAACAAGACAACGAGGUCCGAGUUUGUUCUUGAUGGAUAGAGCGUUUGUAUACCGGAUGCCGAUGUGUCGCCGCUUCCUCGGUGCGGGAGGAGUACGUCGGUUACUAGCGUCACUCCGUUUUGUGUCCCGGGCGAUGGGCCUGGCAGUUUCGUGGGGGGAAGGGGGGGGGGGGGGGGGGGGGGGGGGGGGGGCACGACACCGGUGGAUAUGGGUGCGGGGUGCGAGUCAUCGGAGGGAGGAAGCUGGCAUGAGCCACAAAACCAGUGCCCGGCGAGGAGGCCAAGCAUCGGUAGGCGAGUAGCGACAGCCCUUCACACUUCCCAUGGAGCCACCAAUCACACAGGUCACAUUUUAGGGCGGCCACGUUGUUGUAAACCGCUUUCUCGCAGCUCGGGGAGGUUGGCGACGGCCUGGGAUUUCGAUAGAUGUUCCCGGCAAUCAGCAUGAGUCAUGCAAUCGGCGCAGUCGUCCAGGCAGGCCUAACCGCGAUGAAGCGGAUGUCCGCACUUUCAGAAGUGAGAGAAGCCGCCGCGCGGAGUUGAGAAGCAUUGUGCACCUCAUCGGAGUGUUCCCGGAGCUCGACUCUCUGUAGAGAGGCGACCAGCAGAAGUUGCAACCAUGUCCGCAAGCACGUCAUCCCUGAAGACUAUAAUUUUGCUGAAAGGUUCCACCACCGUAUUACACAUAUGUGCGAAAUCCCGUCAAAUAUGCUGAGAAACUGUUUGAUGCGGUCUCUCUAAAGAGCCAACGAAACGUUGUAAAUCUCUUAGUACAAACACAAAACACGGCAGAGACGAAAAGGGUACCUUUGAACUUGAAGCAAGCCCAUGGUCAACACACGCACUGCACCGCACAAAAAGACCAUCCGUGUGCGCUACUUUUAGAGCGUUAACAAGCAAAGCAAGGCGUAAAUGAGUAAGAAUCGUUCCGUAGAACCCGUAGAACCAGAUCACAACAGCCGCCAUCACAACCCUAAAUAUACAAACACAGUGCUGCUAGACUUCUUUUCUUUGGUUUUGUGAGUUUGUCGGGUGUGUAAAUAAGUAAAGUCUGAUGAGUAAAUUUAUUAAUACUAUACACUACAGAUAUUUUCUUCUUGAUGUGUUCUACUUUUAAGUCACAAAAUAAAAUAUAAUAUAAUUUAUUAACUACAAAAUGCAUACACGGUUGGUUUAGCCUAUUUUAGACCAAUGGCUUAGGUUGGCAACAUACGUUCCCGCCGGUUCAAGUGGUUCAAGUAUGGUUUAAGUUUGGUUUAAGCGGUCUAAGUUUAAGUUUGUAUCGCGGCUCGCACAAUUGUGGCUCGCACGGUUCUGACCUGACAACCGUGGCUCUGAAACAUCGUGAAGACAAGUUCUAGUAGUUACGGUUCGAAGUGCCUAACGGUCAGGCUGCGUAAUCCCACUGUGGCACCGACGCACCUGCGUACCCUGCGUGAAACAUGUUCUCGGUCGCCCAUUUUAUGAAGACUGAUGACGUGGCCGUGGUUCCAACACGCUGGAUUAAGAACGGGACAGCUCCCUGGCCACCGUUUAAAAAUACUGCAAAAGUGAACAGUGCAGUGAGGGACAGAACGGAGCCAGGCAAAGACUGGCCAAAAUUUGCCUGCAGGGUCAUGUCAUAUACAGACAGUUACGAAGUUGCCCGCAAGAGGUCCAUAAAGGCGGAGGAAGAGUCCGACCUUACAUCGGAAGCAGAGACAUCGCAAAAAAGAAUACGGCGACCUCCGACAUUUUUCGAUGACUACCUCACUGACAGCAGCGAUGAGGAGGGAGUAACUGAAGAACCACCUCCAGAAGGUGACAUUGAAUUUCUCGCUGAGCCCCCACCGCCACCACCUCUUCAAAGAAAAAGUGGAGCACAUUGUGGAGGAGCAGGCCAAACUGAUGGUGAUGACUUGGUGUUGCCCAAAGGAAGACCAAAAAGUGCAUCUUCUUUGAACUGCUCUGCUGAACCUUCAAGCAAAGCUUUGGUCACAGUUCUUAGGGAACUUGAGUGUAUUAAGGCACAGUUGACAAGCAUGGCUACAAUGUUGGCCAGAAUACAGAUGCAUGUGAAUGCUGAUGACCCUACUGCCAUGGCUGGUCCAGUCCAUCCAGAAGACCUUCCAGUCUAUCCAGUGAAGACAAGAGAGGAAUUUGCCUUCCUGGAGGCUAGCUUAAAAAAUGAAGCCAUUUUUGCAAAGCUAGUGAAAGAGCUUGGCCAAAUUGGAGGUAGAGAUGUAGCCUCUACAACAAAAACGGUGUUUAAGAAACUUGUCGGAGAUGAAGUUGCCGUCUUCUACAACAGAACCGGGCGAAACGGAAAGCAAGAAGCCGGGAAACUGAAGAUCUUUAGCCUGAUCUAUGCUGCUGUACGUGUAACCCGCAAAACUGCAACAGACGACGAGAUGGGCCGCGCCAUUGGUGAUUGGCUGCGCUUCGCCAACGUCCGGCUCCGUGCUCAAGGUUCAUUUGGCCCCAUCGACAAGCGCUGCACCAACAAGCUCAGCUCCGGGUCGUCACAAGGUGUAUUUUGUCGCGUGUUUCAAUGUUGGUUUGCUUGAGCAGGAGGACUGACAACUACUAGCCAGAAAAGUCGAAAACAUCCCAUCGACAGAAACUGUGGUUUGACUUGGGAAGAUGAAAAUCAGUUUGUUUCAAUUUUUUUUUUUUCUGUCUAGUCCUGUUCUAGACUUUCUUCAGCCUAUUUCAUAUUCUAUUGUCAUAUUUUACUUUUUAAAGUGGCAAUAAGGCUAUUUAAUGUCUCGACUUCUGUUCUAGUCUAGUGACAGGCUUUACUGUGGUUUGACUUGGGAAGAUGAAAGUCUGUUUGUUUUAAUUUUUUUUUUCUGUCUAGUCCUGUUCUAGAGUUUCUUCAGCCUAUUUCAUAUUCUAUUGUCAUAUUUUACUUUUUAAAGCGGCAAUAGGCCUAUUUAAUGUCUCGACUUCUGUUCUAGUCUAGUGACAGGCUUUAGUCAGUCCUUUCCGGCUUUUCUUUAAUACGAUACCGUUUUAGUAAUCAAGUUUUUCUAACUGCUUCUACACAUGGCAAUUGUAUAUAGUGCCAGCUGGACAUAAAAGGAUUAGAGAGAGAUAAGAAAGACACACCGUUGGACUAGCAACUGUUUAAUCAGAUCAUCUUUUUCUUCAUCUACGUUGAGUUUCUCUUCUUUUUUAUCUACACUGCAUUUGAUUUAAUUGAGGAGUUCCUUUUCUUCUAGUCUUAUACUCGAGCGUCUCCUCGUCUUCCAUUUGUCCACCAUGGGUGCGGCCCCUCUAAGAUACUCACCUUCCUUGUGGUGUAGUGCGAUGGAAGGUAUACCCACACACUUGUCCGCUUUUGCGUCAAUAGCAAAGGCCUCCAGGAUUUCUCGAGUGAACUUGUGGCGGUUUCUUGCCAGGAUGUUUAGGCUAGAAAAGUCUGGUACACACAGGCACAUAUGACAAUGGGCAGGUAGGUGCUCUGCACGCUGUGGUGGCCUUCACCGAAGCUGCAUGUUCUCUCGUCUAGUCACUGAUGCACCUUCCCUUCUGUCCAAUGUAACAUUGACUACAUGACAUGGGAUUUGGUGCACAACCUCCUUCUCACAUUUGGUGUACUUGGCAGUUCAUUUUCUCCUUGUUGGCCCUCUUGUUUACAUGAUGAAAAAUUGCACACAAAGAGACAAGGGAAAAACACAGAAGUCAGAGAGGCGCAUACUCGCAACUCUGGUAUAUUAAGUGAAGAAAGAAAAGAUGAAGCACGAUUCAUGACGGGGGACAUCAACACCAGGGGGUAAACAGUUCAGUCAUAGUGAGGUGUUCGCAAAAAGGCAACUUCUUUUUCGCUCAAAGCAACCGACGGCUGACUAACGCAGAGAUCGGUCAGACUCAAGAUGGUGAACGCAUCGAGCACCUCGCGCGUUUGUUUAUCAUUAAAGUGCCCAAUGAUUGAGAUUUUUUUCUAAAGAUGGUGUGCAGAUAGAGGUCUUACAAUGCACCAAAAGGUUGACCUCAUACAGUUUAUGAUCGUGCUCUCGCAGCCAGUCAUUCAAACACUUUCUAGUCUGUCCGACAUAGCAUCUUCCACAGGGAAGAGGAAUGCUGUACACUACGCUCAAUGAACGAGGAGUGAAAGGCUGCACAUGUUUUUUGUGGCGCGUGUCUUUUUCGCUUUGGCGCAAACCUUAGAACAAAUUUGUCACAUCUUUUUAGAGGCUGAUAAUACUACGGGCACACCAUACCUACUUACCACUUGUUUUAGAUUAUGCGAUAUCUUGUGUAGAUACAAUCUAAAACAAGUGGCAAGUAGGUGUGCUGUGCCCACAGUAAUAUCAGCCCCUAAAAAAAUAUGACAAAUUUGUUUAAGGUCUGCGCCAAAGAGAACAAAUUAUAAAAAACACGUGCCACAAAAAACAUGUGCAGCCUUUUUUUUCCUGUUCAUCGAGCGUUGUAUACAGCAUUCCUCUUU